AUGGCAAAUACCGUUAGAUGUUUGAUGACUAAUAUAGUGAACAAUGUUAUUUUACCACCACUACAAUAUGGUGACGCUAAUUCAGAUGACUCUGAAGUCGAACAACAAACUGAACUUACGCAUGAAGAUAAUACGAUAUGGAGAGCCGUAUAUGAUGCAGACAAAAUUGCAAUUGAUCGUCUCAUAGAUGCUAAUCCUGAUCUUAUUAAUGAAAGAGGAGCUGUUGGGGAUUGUCCUAUUCAUCUGCUAUUUUUAGGUGGAACAGAUACACAUUUGGAAAUUGCUCGAGAUCUUAUUCUACGCUUUCCAACGAUCGUAACGCAAACUUAUAAUAAAUCAAAAUAUUAUGGUGAAAAUAUUCUUCAUAUUGCAAUUGCUAAUCGUAAUCCGACAAUGGUUGAAUGGUUACUUAGUAAUGAUCGUUUGGAGCCCUAUCGUCAACAAUUAUUGACAGCAAGAGCUACUGGUAGCUUCUUUAAAAUAGGUGAAGUAUCUUAUUAUGGUGAAGUUCCAUUAGGAUUUGCUUGUUGUACCGAUCAAUGGGAUAUUGUUGAAAUCUUACUUAAAUAUGGUGCUGAUAUGGAUGUGACGGACAGUAAUGGUAAUACUAUACUGCAUAUGCUUGUUAUUUGCAAUUUACCCGAAAUGUAUGCUAAAUUCAAAGAUCGUUGGAUAAAGCAGCAGAAUAUGCGUAAUAGCAAAAAAAUAACUGACUCGAAAUCAACACAACCAUCAAAAUUAUGGAAUCAUUUAAAUAAAGAUCGCUUAACACCAUUGACUCUAUCAGCUGAUUUAGGUCAAGCUAAAAUGCUAUCAUGGUUACUAGACGAACGUAAAAGAACACAAUGGUCUUAUGCUACUAUAACAUGUGCAUUGCAUCCUCUCAAUCAACUUGAUAUUGAUAUUCAUCAAGACAGAAAACAACGACCUCUUAGUGUACUUGAAAUAAUGAUUAAAAAAAAUAAUGCAGAUUUAAUAAAUCCUACUAUUGUAUCUUUAAUUGACAAAAAAUGGAAAUCUUUUGCUUAUCCAUUAUUUGUUCGACGAUUUUUCAUUACAUUUAUUUAUCUUCUUGUUUUUCUUGCCACAACAAUGUUACGACAACCAAGAUCAGAAAAAACAGUGAAUGAACUCGAUAAGAAAACAGGAAUAACAAAUGGCAAAAAUUCAAGUGGUUUUGAACACUUACUCUAUACAAUUGGUCAUACCAUUGUAAUAAUAGGUGCUACAUGCCAAUGUGCAUAUGAAGUGCAUGACAUUCGUAGGUUGGGUUUCUGGAAUUAUUGGAAAAUUAAAGGAUCUAUUUUUCUUGAAAAUUGGUUGACAUGUUCAUUUUGUUUUUGUAUUUUUACUUUGGAAAUUCUUCGUCUAUUUGGAAUACAACAAUAUGAAACUCAAAUACUUGCUUUCGCUUCUCUUAUUGGAUGGAGCAAUAUGUUUUAUUUCAUUAUGCCAUUUCAUUUUACUGGUCCAUUUGUUAUUAUGAUUUAUAAAAUGUUUUUCCAUGAUGUUCUUCGGUUUUUUAUAAUAUAUUUAAUUUUUCUUAUGGGCUUUGCACAAUCAUUUUUUAUUUUAUUCAAUGAAUAUGGUUUGCAAGGUUAUAUGUCAAGUAUCAAACAAUGUUUUCUGGGUUUAUUGGGUGAUUUUGACCUUGAUUAUUAUAUUAAAGGAGAAUAUCCAUUGACAAGUGUUAUAUUACUUAUUUUCUAUAUUGUACUUAUUACUAUUCUUUUGUUAAACUUACUUAUUGCUAUGAUGGGUGAUACAUAUGCAGAGGUAAAAAGAAGUGCCAAAAAAUUAUGGCACUUAGAACGAGCACGUAUUGCAUUUCGUAUUGAAAAUAGCCUGCCAAGAUCUAAACGCCUGUUUAGGUUUAAAAAGUAUUGGGUCAAUAUAAAGCGUGAACGUGAACAUGGACCUGAACGUUAUAUGCAAGUGGCAAAAAAUGCUGAAGAAAUAUCACCAACAAUUCGUAAUCGAGAAAAAAAACAAGUUUGUAAGUAAUAUUAUUUUGGGGGGUGGCAUCUCGUACGAAGGAGUGGUUCCCAAAAAUGGUCCAUUUGAUGUUGCGUACAUCUUGGUGACAGAAACAAGUAAAGAAAGAAACACGGCAAAAAACUUUUAUGAAUAGUCUUCUCUAUGCGAAGUUUAUUAAGAAAGUUGGCUGUAAACAUAUUCUUCUUCAUCAUUACAUAUUAAUAGAGAUGAUAACAAAACAAAAAAGAAUAAAGAUCUUGAUAAUGACAAUGAUAAAAAAAAAUAUCUAUUUAAAUAAUUAAAUACCGAGAUUAAAGAAUAAAUUUCUGUAAUAACUUACUAACGGUUUUUUUCUUUUCUCAUCAAGACUUUCUGAUUAUAACGAUGAGUAAACUGAUAUUAUUAUUUCCGUUAUUGAUUGUUAGUUAUCAUUAGAUGAAGUAUCACAAAGAAAAUAUUUUUGAUACUGACAACUUCAUAUCUAUUAUAGAUCAUUGACUGAUAUCGAUUCGAAUAAGAUCAAGAAUCAAUUAUCAAUUAUGUUGCUCAUGAUUCUCUUGUAUCAUCUAUGAUCAGAGCAAUUCUUUUUGUCUUUUUGUAUUUGACUUAACAAAUAUAUAUGCAAAUUACCAACUUUUAAAAAUAAGCAGAUAAAUUCGUGACUUCUUAUGAUAAAAAAUAAAGAACUGAAUAAAAAUAUGAAGGAACAAAAGACAAAGAACAAAUCGACAUCAUAUUUUUUUUUUAUAAUAAUCUUUGGUUCAUCUUUCUUCUUCUUACAAUAAGUAUAGAUGGUUGCUUUAUUGCAAGCAUAUAAUGUGGUAUUUUCAUUAUGUUUUUAAUACAUAUAUCAUCGGUGAUUUUAUCGAACACAUGACAAACAGAAAGAUGGCAUUUGAUCAGAACAAUCCAUAUUCUCAAUAACUAACAGUACUUUACAAACACAUGCUUGUUAUGCAGCAUAGGAAAAGAAACGAACAGCUUCAAUCAAUAAAACUUUUUUUCAUCACGAUAUUUUCGAAAACAAUUUAUUUGACGAUAACUUAAACAGAAAUGAUGAAGAAAUUCAUAAUAAAAUCUGUUGUGUCCCACAAUCUUUGUACAGCAAAACAACUAGAUUGAAAUAUCUCUUCCUGUACACAGUCAUUUAUACAUAAUAUUGUAAUAAAGUAACAGUGGUGAUACAACGAAUUUAUUAG